AGUUGGUUAAGACCUCCUCCUGCAUUUGUGUUCAAUCCAAGAAGUUGGUUAAGACCUCCUCCUGCAUUUGUGUUCAAUCCAAGAAGUUGGUUAAGACCUCCUGCAUUCGUGUUCCAAUCUCUACGAAGUGUAACACUUGGAAAAAUAAAUAGUGAAAUGUCUGCAAACAAUAAUGGCCGUGGAACACGUGGGGUGCCGACUGGUCGUGGGUCUCGUGGGGCCCAGGCAGGUCGUGGUAGGGGAUCUUCGUCUGGUCCCAGGGGAGGCGCUCGUCCUAGGACCUAUUCAACUAACCAACUGAACGCUAGCAAUCGCCCUACAAAUUUUGACGCCGUACCGGUGCAUAACAGCACAACGAACCGUUCAAGAGAAAACAAUGGUGAUAGAUACUUCGUUAAUCAACAAGCAGUAUCUCGUGUUCUUCCCGCUCGACGAGUUUCUGAAAGCAUGAACGCUGGGAUUCAGGCCAGUAAUGAAGCAGGGUGGUCUUAUGCUAGCGUAGCGCGUCCUGCUAGCUGUUUAUCAAUACAUUCAGAAAAUAAAUUCGUGUCACAACAGCCCAGAUAUAAUGGCCCUACACACAAUCAAGCGUCCCUAUGUUUAAGUCAUCAGAAUAUUCAUCUGAGUAGCCCCGACGGACCCACGCGUUUCUCGGUCCCACCACCUAAUCGAUUCCCCGGGAAUCCAACAGGAAUGGGGAACAUUUUCCACCCUAAUAGUGGGGCGUCGACAAUGCCUCCUCAGUCGCUGUAUUCUACUGCCGGCGUCAGGGCUCCCUGCGACGGCUCUUCUCCAUAUUUUCCACGAUCUCCUCCCUCCCAGUACCUGCCGACAUUAUCGAGUGCUGCUGCUGCUGCUGCUGUGCCUGGGUUGAGUGUAGCACCAGCUAAUUUUAAUGCUAAUCAUCUCUCUAGACCAAUUAUGGCGCCGGCGCACCCUAGUGAUGCUCAUCUAACUGCACCAAGAUUUGCACCGGCAUAUUCAAGUGCUGCUUCUCUGCCUAGACCAAGUGUAGCACCGACACGUGUUAGUGCUGCACAUAUGCCGGGACCUGGAUUGGCGCCGGCAUUCUCUAAUGCUGCUCCUCUGCCGGCAGCUAAUUCGGCGCCUAAUUAUUCUAAUGAUCCUAUUUUAAGCUCAUCAGUGUCCAGCGUAGUGCCCUUCACCCCAGUAUGUACGAACAGUAUGGUUUCGCCGGUCUCAACCCCUCCGGUCUACCUGAACCAAUAUGCCGAUGUAUAUAACGUUACUCCGGCCACUUAUGCGCCGCAAUAUGUAUCAGCUCCCUCCAUUGACAGCUACAAUCAAGGUCGGCCACCCCUGGCUUAUUCAACAAGCGAUGAAACUAUCGCUUCUGUGACUGUCAACUCGCAGUAUUUUGUUCAUCCUUAUCAGCCUUCAGGGGUGACUAACCAACCUCUCAACCAACCCUCCAUUCCUUUAUAUUCCCAACAAGCCGGUACGACACUUGUCCCCUUCGAGUUUGAGGGCUCUCCUAUUUAUAAAGUGCCUAACAACCACCCGAUUAAUCCCUUUACGGUGCCCAUGCCGCAAAAUUGUCCUUUCGGGUAUAUUCCACGAAAAUAUUGGAAUCCAUGUGUCAGGUUUGACCUGAACAGUCAACUUGCAGGCAUGAAGAUAAGUGCUGAAAACACUGCACCACCAGCGCCACAAACCAAACAAGAUAAUCUUGGCGAACAAGAGGGUCCAUCUGUACGUGAAAAUUCGACAUCGCAUAAUUCGGAAGAAAUUGAAAACAAAACUUCCGCUGAAGACGUAGAUGAAGACGCUGGAGAUGAACCAGCGUCUUCAGAUCACUGAAUUGGAUUAUUUUGUGUAGCCUUGUACUUACGGCGAUAUGUUAAAG